UGAUCUUAUACCGGCCGUGAUCGUUGAUGCUGGACGAAAGGGGUGGGGGUGCUUUUGUAUCAACCAUCCCCUCAUUCCUCCCCCUCCCUCACCCACUCUUUCCUCCUCCUGUGUGUGUAGGCGGUCCUGUACAACAGCGGUCUUUUACGCACGACCAGCGGUCUGAUAUCGAUGCCCCUCUGUCAGUCUGCUCGGUCGCAGCAAAUCUCCAACUUUUUAAGAGCGGAGAUAAAGGCAACUUGACUGAAGCGAAGAGGAGACAGCGUGUAGAUGGGGGGUAGAGAGUGGGAUAAAUGGAGAGGAAUGAUAAAAGGGGGAGGAGAGCGCAUCAUUCCGGGUGGCUGCCCCUGCCGCUCGAGUGGAGGCUAGAGAGAGAGAGAGGGAUAGAGAGAUAGAGAGAGAGAGGGAGCGAGAGAGUAAGAGAGAAAGAGAGAGAGAGCGCGAGAGUAAGAGAGAGACAGAGAGACGAGGGCAGAGGAUAGCAAGGCUUCAGCAUCCAAAACACACGGGAGAGGUGCGCCACCGAGACCAGACCCACCCGGAGCACAGUCACUCUCACCGGUCCUUCGUCACACCACGUAUCCGCGCAGCGGUGCCUCAUACUCGGCGAGAGAUAUUGAACACUGAAGACUGGCCCCUUUACGGUCCCCUGACCUCCAACGUCGCCUUCACCUGCCAUGGUUACAUGACACACCCCUGAGUGGCUUUCCUCUCCCAUUCGGAGUUAUCGAAACAGUGUCCACGCUGUAUCUAUAGAAAAAGACAUCGCCCGGCCAGCCUGAGAUGACGGUGGCCGUGCGAUUCCGCCGCCACCUACGGAGGCUCCUCCUCCUGCUGGCCUCCUGCUGUCUCCUCUCCUUGCUCCUGUCUGCCUACUUUCUCUUCACCAACUCAACACCUUCCAUGCAAAUAGGACAAUCUUCAGAACCGGCCUGCUCCCAGCCGUUCUCCAUGUCCCCGUACCGCCAACUACCAUACCCAUACCCCCCUAAUCCGCCCCACACGCACAUCCACACUGAUCCAGCGGCGCUGGUGCUGGUGGAGUCCCAGUACUCUCAGCUGGGUCAGGACAUUGUGGCUAUCUUGGAGUCUGCGCACUUCAAGUUCCGCAUGGAAAUAGCUUCAGGGAAGGGUGACCUCCCGCCACUGACAGAGAAGGGCCGAGGCCGAUAUUCACUCAUCAUUUAUGAGAAUCUCCUGAAGUAUGCACAUGCAGACACAUGGAAUAGACAGCUGUUGCAUCAGUACUGCACCGAGUUCAGGGUGGGCAUCAUUGGCUUCUACCGCUCCACCGAGACGUCACCACCUCUGUUCAAACUCAGAAACUUCCCGCUGGUGCUGAGGACCAAUCAGGCCCUCUGGGACUGCUGCGUAGUGUCCAGCUCUCCCAUCCUCCACCUAACAAAGCCGGGCACGGACCGAGGGGCCUUACCCAGCGAGGACUGGACCUCCUUUUCUUCCAAUCACUCCACGUACCAAGCUGUACUGCACGCACGGCCUAAAGACGGAACUGGGGCAGGCAGUGUUGACAAUCUGGGGCCUGGCUUCAUCUUGGGCCUGCAAGCUACAGUAGUCCAGGACAUGGGGCUCUAUGACGGGGUGAGAAGGGUAUUUUUUGGCCAGGGUCUCAACUACUGGCUCCACAGACUCAUCUUAGUGGACGCCAUCUCCUACCUCACUGAUAGGAAGCUGACUUUGGGAUUGGACCGGUAUAUCCUGGUGGAUAUAGAUGACAUAUUUGUGGGAAAGGAAGGGACCCGCAUGAACGUCAAGGAUGUGAAGGUGCUACUGGAUACGCAAAGACAGCUACGUUCUCAAAUUUCCAACUUUACCUUCAACCUGGGCUUCUCCGGCAAGUUCUAUCACACAGGCACAGCGGAGGAGGAUGAGGGAGACGAUUUACUGCUGAAGUAUGUGAAUGAGUUCUGGUGGUUCCCCCACAUGUGGAGCCACAUGCAGCCUCACCUCUUCCACAAUGAGUCCUCACUGCUGGAGCAGAUGGUGCUCAACAAGGACUUCGCUCUGCAACACAACAUUCCAGUGGACAUGGGCUAUGCCGUGGCCCCCCAUCACUCGGGGGUCUACCCAGUACAUCUGCAGCUCUACGAGGCUUGGAGGCGCGUGUGGAACAUCCAGGUAACAAGCACGGAGGAGUACCCGCACCUCAAGCCGGCCCGCUAUCGCAAGGGUUUCAUCCACAGUAACAUCAUGGUGUUGCCUCGUCAGACGUGUGGUCUGUUCACUCACACCAUCUACUAUAAGGAAUACCCUGGAGGACCAAAAGAACUUGACAAAAGCAUCCGAGGAGGAGAGCUGUUUCUCACUGUGCUUCUCAACCCUAUUAGUAUAUUCAUGACCCACCUGUCCAACUAUGGCAAUGAUCGCCUCGGUCUCUACACAUUCGUGCACUUGGCCUCUUUUCUUCGGUCGUGGACAAACCUGAGGCUACAUACACUUCCUCCUCCUCACCUCGCCCACAAGUACUUCCAGUUGUUCCCAGAACAGAGGAACCCACUAUGGCAGAACCCCUGUGAUGACAAACGCCAUAAAGAUAUCUGGUCUAAAGAGAAGACUUGUGACAGGUUGCCCAAGUUCUUGGUGGUUGGGCCACAGAAAACAGGGACCACAGCACUUUAUCUCUUCCUCCUCAUGCAUCCAUCUAUCUCCAGCAACUUCCCCAGUCCCAAGACUUACGAGGAGGUGCAGUUCUUCAAUACAAAUAACUACCACAAAGGGAUCGACUGGUACAUGGAGUUCUUCCCCGUACCUUCCAAUGUGAGCACGGACUUCCUGUUUGAGAAAAGCGCCAACUACUUCCCCUCAGAGGAGUCCCCGCGGCGCGCCGCAGCCCUGCUGCCCAAGGCCAAGAUCAUCACCUUGCUCAUCAACCCCUCUGAUAGAGCCUACAGCUGGUACCAGCAUCAAAGAGCUCACGAGGACCAUGCCGCCCUUCGUUUUACCUUCUUUGAUGUCAUCAGCGCCAGAGCAGGUGCUCCGGCCGAGCUGCGUUCCCUGCAGAACCGCUGUUUGACCCCUGGCCUGUAUGCCACACACCUCGAAAGGUGGCUCACGUACUACCCCGCCAAUCAGAUGAUGAUCAUAGAUGGUCACCAGCUGAGAGCAGACCCUGCUGCUGUCAUGGAUGAAGUUCAGAAGUUUCUGGGAGUCACUCCUCAUUUUAACUACUCGCAGGCCCUCACGUUUGACCCUCAGAAGGGCUUCUGGUGUCAGCUCCUUGAGGGAGGAAAGACAAAGUGCUUGGGGAAGAGCAAAGGGCGAAAGUAUCCUCCAAUGGAACCAGAGGCUCGUGCAUAUCUGUCCAGGUACUACAGGGAACACAACGUGGAGUUGUCAAAGCUGUUGCAUCGCCUCGGACAGCCUCUUCCCUCUUGGCUGAGAGAGGAGCUGCAGAAGGUUAGAUAACCUUUGCAUCCAUGAGCCGGGGUUAAUGGCCAAAAGUCAAACAGCGCAAGGCAACCUGGAGUACCCGACCUUGAGACGCACUCUCCAGCGAACCCCUGAGUGGGAAUGGCAAGGACACAACGUCUUGUUUCAUUCCCACCUCUGAAGGGUAAAGAAGUGAUGGAAAGAGAUAAGCAGCUCUGAAGUCCAAGAGGAGUUCAUCAUGGUCUGUACAAGAGCUGCACAAAGCUUUUGUCCUGAUUUCCACCUUUUACUGCAAUCUAUCACACCACAACAGCGCUGGUCAGCUGUAGGAUUCCCUCAUGAGGACUUUGCACUUCCUCCAAGACGAAGUCACAACAAAACGAGAUUCCCUUUACUUUCUUACGUUGUAAGUGCAUAGACUCAGGGUGGUGUUUGAUUUUCUAUCAGCUUGUUUGUUCAAAAGCAAAAGUGGCUGCCGGCAGCAAAUCUGGCAGCCUUGUUCACCUCAGAGAUGGCCCCCGAGGCUUUCGGAAGGAAAAAGAACAUGUUGGAAGGUGUCUCUGAGACAAGAAGCCUGUGACGAGAAGAUGAAGGAGAAGAAGAAUGCACACACGUCAAUGCUAUCAAUGCUGACGACAGCAGUGGAAGCAAAGACAACCGACCAAAACCAGCCCAGUCUGCUUUAUUAUUUUUCCUGUUCUUCUUUUCCUUUAUGAUACCUUAAGUUGUUUACCUUCCAUUUUAUGACAAAAUAACAUGACAUGUCAGAGAAACCAAAAUAAAAUAAAGGAAUCUGCCUGAUCGUAACUGUGCUGUGUGCUUUUCUAUCAUAACUGAUACAAAGUACCGGUAUAGUACAAUGACUACACCCCUCAUUCAGCACAGUAUAUCUUGAUAAGGGACAGUACUAUGUAAAUUCAACUUAGAUAUGCUUUUGAGCAGUCAUUGUGCAGCAUGUAUAGCAGCAUACAUUUACUGUCUACUAAAAAAUGACUCAACAGACAGCCAUUAUUGUACAAAUAGCUGACAAAAAGAUGACCGUGUCUACAGUCAACUGCAUGAGUGCUGACGGCAGUAGGGAGCUGGGGUUCAUUGAGGGAAACAAUUCCAACAUGUACUAUAACAUUGUGAUGUGAAGCAUGGCCCCCUCUCCUUUGUGUAUUGUCUCCAAUCAAGCAUGGCACUGGAAGCAUUACGAUCUGGGGCUGCAUAAGUGCAAUCAACACCGGGGAGCUGUGGUUCAUUGAGGGAAACAUUAAUUCCAACAUGUACUGUGACAUUAUGAUGCAAAGCAUGACCCCAUUCUUUGUGUGUUGCCUACAGUCAAGCAUGG